CAGUCGCACUGGUUGACGGCGGAGGAGAGGAACCAAGUUUUACUUGAUCUCAAAGCUUCAGGCUGGUCUGAGUUAAGCAAAAGAGAUGCCAUCUACAAAGAGUUCAAUUUCAAAAAUUUUAAUCAGGCUUUUGGAUUUAUGACGCGCGUUGCUCUGCAAGCAGAGAAGAUGAAUCACCACCCGGAGUGGUUUAAUGUCUACAGCAAGGUUCAGAUAACCCUGAUUUCCCACGACUGUGGUGGACUGACCAAGAGAGAUGUGAAACUGGCUCAGUUUAUUGACAAAGCUGCUGCCUCGGUGUAACCAAGAUUGUGUUUCCCCAGCAGAGCGGCGGAUUUCCCCGAUAUGGUUUGAA